AUGCGCAGCACAAAGGGUGGCGCAAGAAGCAAGGGCUCGGCCAACGAGCGCAGGGGAUCGACGUCGAGCGCGCUGGAGCGGCGGCGGCGAAUCUCGCUUGCCAUCGAUGGCGACAGCAUGGGCGAGCUUGUCCGCGAGGUCGAGGACUACUACGAGAUCCUGGACGUGCUGGGCCAGGGAGCGUACGGCACAGUCUAUCGCUGCAGAGAUGUGGUGUCGGGCGAGGAGUACGCUAUCAAGACCGUGGAGCUGAAGAAGACCGACGAGUCGUCGUUUAAGGGUCUGCUCUACGAGGUAGGCAUCAUGAAGCGGCUGCACCACAAGUCGGUAGUCCAGCUCAAGCGGGUGAUGCAGACAGACAUGCACAUGUAUAUUGUCAUGGAGCUGUGUGAGUUUGAGCUCCGUGACCGGGUCUCCUCGGCGCACCCACUCUCGGAAGCCGAGACCCGCGUGGUGAUGAAGCAGCUGCUCGAGGCCAUCGGCUACAUGCACUCGCAGCGCAUUGCGCAUCGCGACCUCAAGCCUGCCAACAUCCUGCUGGUCAAGGACGACUUGUCCAAGAUCAAGGUCUCCGACUUUGGCCUCUCCUACCGCAUGGACUCGGACCACGUCAUGGACGACAAGUGCGGAACGCCGGCGUACAUGGCGCCCGAGGUCAUCAACGACCGCCAGGUCUACUCGGAAAAGUGCGACGUCUGGUCACUCGGCAUCAUCAUGUACGUUCUGCUCGUCGGCAAGCUGCCAUUCCGCUCAAAGUCGACCGAGGCUCUCUUUGCCCUCAUUGCUGGCGGCGAGUACUCACUCCCGCCGCACGUCCCACUCUCGGACCUCGGCGCAGACCUGCUCGCCCGGCUCUUGGCUGUCAACCCCAUCGAGCGCUACUCGGCCGCCGAGGCCCUGACCCAUCCGUGGCUGACCGGCCAAGCCGAUGCCGACGCCGUCAUCCAGCCUACCAUGUUUGAGAUGCUUCUAUCCUUCAAGGCCCGCGCACGCCUCCGCAAGGCCAUGCAUGUCGUUCUGGCCACCGCCUAUCUCUGGCGCGGCAUCGGCCGCUCCGCUACAGGCUCAGAGCUACCGCCUGACUCACCAGCCGGCAUCCCUGCAGACGACAACGAUCAAGUAUCAGACGAUGCCGCCAUCGACUCUGCUGGCGCAGACUCCGGCUCGCUGGCUUCGGACCAGGACGUCAGCUUGGCGCCAUCGGUCGUCCACAACGUCGUUCCCUUGUCUAUCUCGCGCAUUGCCGCUUCCCAGGGCGAGCGCACCCGCAAGCUCUCGCCGAGAUCGAUCGUCGCUGCGCCGUCCAGCCGAAAGCGCUCGCUCUCGGGCGAGGGCCACUCGUCGAUGCCGAUGCUCAACACCUCCGCCGCCGACGCUGCUACUACCACCUCGGGACCACCGAGCGGGAGUCACCUCAUGCGCGCCUCGCCGCGGUCGGUGAGCUCGACCCUCACCUCCUCGGCCAAGAGCGUGCCGUCGUACAUGCGUGCGACGACUGCGUCGUCCAAGAAGACCCGCCGCAACUCACCAGCCGGCUCCGCCCGCGGCUCGUCCAAGGAGCGCCGCUCGGCCAAGCGCGGAUAG